AUGCAACAACGAGACACAGCUGCUCUAAUUCUUGUGCAAGGAUCAGCCGCUGUGGCCUUCACAAACUUCAAGAAAUUGGGUUCAGUUCUGACAGCAGACCUCUUCUACACUGUCAGUGAUGCAAAUAAGACCAUGAUGUCUGCAGUUCUGAGUGCCUCCCUUCCAAAAACCCCAAACAAAGUCCUGCCAAGUCCAGCCAACAUCACAGUUAAACACAUCCAGAGUCUGGUGCCUCAGGGUGUGGUCUCCUGUGUGUACUGGAAUGGCAGCGCCUGGGUGGUAGACGGCUGUGAUGUCACCCAGACCAACUCCACCCACACCGUCUGCAGCUGUGUGCACUUCUCCACCUUCGCUCUGAUCAUGCAGGUGGAGCGACCUCCAGAGACAAACCAGAUGAUGGAGUUGCUGAAUAGGAUCACCGUCUCUAUUGGGUUGGGGUUCCUGACCCUGGCUGUGAUGACCUUCGCCCUUUGUCGACGUAAACCCCAAGUGAACAGCACGACUCGUCUGAACCUCUGCAUCAGCUUGUUUCUCGCUCAGCUCAUCUUCCUGCUCGUUCAGGAGUUUAUCCACCUCAUCCGCCCUCACAAGAUUGUUUGCACUGUGCUCUCAGGAGUUCUUCACUACCUCUUCCUGAGCUGUUUUGUGUGGAUGCUCCUGGAGACCAUCUGGCUUUUCCACUCUGUCCUCGGACUCAAAGAUAUCAGAUCCCAACAGAGGAUUGGACCUCACUGGGGAUUCAAGUGCCUGAUUGGUUAUGGAGUUCCCAUGGCUGUCGUUGUUGUUUCAGCUGGAAUUAUGCCUGAUGGCUAUGGGAGUGACAGGUGCUGGUUGAAUUACGACAGAGGAUUCAUCUGGAGUUUUCUUGGUCCCGUGUGCUUCAUCCUUGGAGCAAAUGCUGUCCUCUUCAUCAUCAUCCUCAUCCUCCUACACACUGCCCUGUCUCAGAUGCAGCACAGCCCCACACACAAUAAACGAUUCAGGGCGUUGGUGUUUAAAAUACUGGUCCAGUCUAUCAUCAUUGGGUUGCCUUGGAUACUGGGAUUCUUCACUGGAAGCAGCGAGGCACUGGAUGUGGUCUUCCUCGUGCUCAACAGCCAACAGGGAACCUUCAUCUUCCUGCUACACUGUGUUCUCAAUGAGGAGGUGCGACAGCAGUUCUGGAGUUGCUGCAGCAGAGGAAGAGCAAUAUGAUAUGAAUAAAAGCACAGCUGCACCCACUACAAUACAACUUCAAAAAAGUAUAUGUACUGUAUAUAAAGUCUAAGGCAUUUGAAACUGUCAAUCAUUUGACACCUCAAUGAACUACUGGCCCUGUAUUUAAGUUGCAAACAAAUGCCUCAAAGUAAAAAAAUAUAUAUUUCCAGUUGCGUCGCAUCGCGUCGCUGUGCUUUCGUCCACCUCCAUAGCUUCUCUUCCGUUUGCGCUAGUAGCUCCGUCUCAUUUAACCUAGAGCCAAGGAGAGAGAAUUCAUGGCCUACUAUUCAUUUUAUUAGUCAACAUAUAAUUUUUUACACUAGGCUACUCAAAAAUGUGGGUAACGCAGUAACUAGCGUUACUGCAGACUAGGAACUGUAAUGAAGUUACUGAAAUUUUAACUGUAAUGCGUUACGUUCCUAUACGUUCCUGACAACAGUAAUGAAGUAAGGGAUA